UGCCCUGACAGAAACUAAGCGGUGUUAUUACGUUUGCCUAUCAGCAGUCGUGUACACUUUUUACAGGCUCACAGCACAGCCCUUGCAGUCACAUAACCCGGAAUAGAUACAGGGCGGCCCUUUCCGUGCGGCUUCUUGUUUCAGUACGGCCCUAGAGGCGGCGGACACGUUGUCAAGCAUGGCACCGGCAGCCGGUGUUCGGAAGAAAGGUGCUGCAGCCGUCGGGUUUCCCGUGCCCCGGGCACUGACUGACACUAUUAAAGGGGCCUGGCAAAACAAACAGCAACUACUGACUGACCCCCGUCACACCGCGUUGCUCGGUGUCUUCCUGUGCUUGGCGGAGGUGGGGGUCUCCCACUGGGUCAUCCAGAGCGUCCCCUACACUGAGAUUGACUGGAAAGCUUACAUGGAUGAAGUUGAGGGUGUGUUGAAUGGCACAUAUGAUUAUACCCAGUUAAAGGGGGAGACCGGGCCCCUUGUGUAUCCCGCAGGAUUCGUAUAUAUUUUCAGUAUAUUUUAUUACCUAACAGAACAUGGUAGCAACAUCCGCCUGGCUCAGUACAUCUUUGCUGCCUUGUAUCUUCUAACACUGUUCCUUGUGUUCCGUAUCUACGUUGUCACCAAAAAGGUACCCCCCUAUGUGUUUUUCUUCAUGUGCUGUGCCUCAUACAGAGUGCACUCCAUCUUCUUACUGCGCCUUUUUAAUGACCCUGUGGCAAUGGUUAUCCUUUUCUUCUCUAUCAACCUCCUGCUGCAGGAUCACUGGAACUGGGCAUGCUUCUUCUAUAGUUUGGCAGUGUCUGUUAAGAUGAAUGUUCUGCUGCUGGCACCUGGAUUACUGUAUCUUCUGCUCUGCCGUUUUGGCCUCCUUCGCUCUAUUCCCAAACUUUGCAUUUGUGCAGUACUACAGGUGUUACUGGGCCUUCCAUUCCUGCUGGAAAAUCCCACUGGUUACCUUAUCCGCUCCUUUGAUUUUGGGAGGCACUUUCUCUUUCAGUGGACAGUGAAUUGGCGUUUCCUUCCAGAGUUUGUUUUUCAGCAUCGAGCAUUUCACCUGGCACUGCUCACAGCCCACCUUGCAGCCCUUCUGCUGUUCUGUGUGCAUCGUUGGCCCCGAUCUGGACAAAGUCUAUUGGCACUACUAAAGGAUCCAGCAAAGAGGAAGCCUUCAUCACACAGGCUAACAGCAAAUAAGAUAAUCUUUGUGCUGUUCUCCAGUAACUUCCUAGGAGUGAUGUUUAGUCGCUCUUUGCACUAUCAGUUCUAUGUCUGGUAUUUUCACUCACUGCCAUACCUCCUGUGGUGCACUGGCACAAGAGUUCUGCCGGGACUUGCUAAGAUUUUAAUUCUUGGUCUGAUUGAACUGUCGUGGAACACAUUUCCCUCCACUGCACUGAGCUCAGGCAUUCUCCAUUUGUGUCAUGGAGCGAUUCUUUUGCAUCUGUGGUUUGGUGUUCCUCCUGAUGAGACAUGGGCCUCUCGGCCUACAACACAUACACCUACCAAGAGAAAGGACUGAUUAUUCCUAUCGAAUCAAUGUCAUCCACACAGUUUUGUGGUUUCAAACACAAUGUUAAAGCAAAAUGAAAGGAAUGUGUUACAUAUAAAAAUGAUUUAUUUUUUGUGCGAGAGGGAUUGUGUAUUUUUUUUCCUUAUAAAUAGGGUCAGUGUCUAACUGCAAAUUAGAAAAAAAAAAUUUUUACAGGCUAAUGUUUCACUUGCACAUGUAUGGUUACUAGAUCAAUUUUCCACCACAUCAUUUUAAAUCUGUGCCACUCAGGAAGAAAAAUGUAUAAUGAUAGUCACUAUUUAUUGAUCUGGUGGGGGGUUGUUUGGGCCUCUGUGUAGUUGAAAUGCCAAUUCCUAUUUUUUUUUUUUUUAUCCCAAUCCAGAAAUACUGAUCAUACAUAGGCAGAUUUUGUCACAACUCUCCAAACAAUCUUAUCCGCGAUUCAUUCAAUGGUUUACAAUAUGUGAGGAGACUUUUGUUGUAUCUGUGUCAUGUAUUAACUGAUAUAUUAACUGAUGGCUAUGUUCUCCUUGUUUACUUAUACAUGUGACCCAACCCUGCCAUGCACAGUAAAUGACGAUUAUCUGA